UCCUCCUUCAUCGCCCACUCCCACGCCCCAAUUUCCUCCUUCUUCUCCGACGACGACGACUCCUCCUCGGACGAGAAGCCUCGCGAGGAGUGCGGCGUCGUCGGCAUCUUCGGCGACCCUGAAGCCUCCCGCCUCUGCUACCUGGCCCUCCACGCCCUCCAGCACCGCGGCCAGGAAGGCGCCGGCAUUGUCUGCGUCCACGACAACCUCCUCCAGUCCAUUACCGGAGUUGGGUUGGUCUCUGAGGUCUUCAAUCAGUCCAAGCUCGACCAGCUGCCUGGCGACUUGGCCAUCGGCCACGUCAGGUACUCCACUGCCGGUCAGUCUAUGCUUAAAAAUGUCCAGCCUUUUGUUGCAGGCUAUCGCUUCGGCUCCGUUGGGGUCGCCCACAAUGGCAACUUGGUCAAUUACGGCGCCCUCAGGGCUAUGCUUGAGGAGAAGGGAUCCAUUUUCAAUACCAGCUCCGACACCGAGGUGGUUCUUCAUCUCAUUGCCAUUUCGAAAGCCAGGCCUUUUCUUUUGAGGAUUGUUGAUGCGUGUGAGCAGGUUAAGGGUGCUUAUUCCAUGGUGUUUGUCACUCAAGACAAGCUCGUUGCGGUUCGGGACCCGUACGGGUUUCGGCCUUUGGUUAUGGGCAGGAGGAGCAAUGGUGCUGUUGUUUUUGCAUCCGAGACUUGUGCGCUUGAUUUGAUUGAGGCUACCUAUGAGAGGGAGGUUGAUCCCGGAGAGUUGGUGGUGGUGGACAAAGGUGGGGUUUCGUCUCAUUGCCUUAUGCCUCAUCGUGAACCCAAGCAAUGUAUAUUCGAGCACAUAUACUUUUCCCUGCCCAAUUCUGUUGUUUUUGGGCGUUCUGUGUAUGAGUCUCGGCGUGUGUUUGGUGAGAUUCUUGCCACUGAGGCCCCGGUUGAGUGUGAUGUUGUCAUAGCAGUGCCUGAUUCCGGUGUGGUGGCUGCGCUUGGUUAUGCUGCCAAAGCUGGUGUGCCUUUUCAGCAGGGUUUGAUUAGGUCACACUAUGUGGGAAGGACCUUCAUUGAGCCAUCGCAGAAGAUCAGGGACUUUGGCGUCAAGCUUAAGCUCUCUCCGGUCAGGGCUGUGUUGAAGGAUAAGAGGGUUGUGGUAGUGGAUGACUCCAUUGUGAGGGGAACUACGUCUUCCAAGAUUGUUAGGUUGUUGAAGGAGGCAGGGGCUAAGGAAGUUCACAUGAGGAUUGCAAGCCCACCGAUUAUAGGCUCCUGUUAUUAUGGUGUCGACACCCCUAGUUCUGAGGAGUUGAUUUCAAACAGGAUGAAAGUUGAGGAGAUUAGGCAGUUCAUCGGAUGCGAUUCACUUGCUUUUUUACCAUUUGAUAGCUUGCAGGGGAUGUUGGGAACAGAAGCUCCCAACUUUUGUUAUGCUUGCUUUACUGGAAAUUACCCUGUGGAACCUAGGGAGGAUAAAGUGAAACGGGUUGGUGAUUUUAUGGAUGAUGGAAUGACUGGUAAUUUUGAUUCCAUUGAUGGUGCUUGGAUUCCAGCAAAUCGGAUUCACAAACACGAGAGCGAUAAUGAAUCUGAGGAAAGUUAG